AAUCGAGGAAUCGAUCCAUCACCAUUGGCAACGUGACUCAAAGACAGUAGGUAUACAGUAGCUGCGUCCCCUCGACUCGUAAAGUAACGCCGAGAGCGAUGCAAAGACGAAGGGAUAAUUAAGAGCAAAUUGACUGAUAGGGUGAAGUUUUAAUAGAGCAAUAGACUCACGGGCCGACGAACAUACCAGCUGUUUGUUCGACGAAUCGAGCAUAGUUGAUGCGUAAUAGAGCGAGAUACGUCUUCGUGCUGCGUUGAUACCCGAGGCGGUGACCCUCGACAGCGUGAUCGCACGGGCACAGCGAGCGGUCGGCCAGGGUGGUGGAGGCUCUUGCCUGUGUCUCCGUGUGCGCGAUGGAGGACGUGGCGCUGAGCUCCGCGGGAGCCCGGGUCUCGCUGGCCACGAGCAGCGACGAGCGCUACCCCGCAGAGAGCGUUACGGACGGGAGCAGUUCCACAUUCUGGACGAGUACAGGCACAUUCCCGCAAGAGUUUAUUAUCACCUUGGCAGAUGUCACCAGCGUCCAGUCCAUAAGGAUCGAGUGCUACAAUGUGCGCAAGUUAGCUGUGGAGCACAGCAUCUCAUCUGAGCCAAUCAAUUUCGAGCCACUGUCCGAGAUAGAGCUUGAACACAAUGAAAGCAAUCUACAGACUGAAGACAUCAAUGUAAAAAUAGUUCAAGCUCAGCAUCUGCGAUUUAUCAUUCGCUCCGCGUACGACCACUUCACGUCCGUUCAUCGUGUGUCUGUGGCAGGAAACAUCCAGCACAGAUAAAACAUAUACAUUUUAUCACCCUUAUGUAUGCCAGCUGAAUUCAAUUUCACACACACGCAAUAUCUGACUGUGACCAAAUCGCCCAGAACGAGAAGGUCAAAACAGAAGCGAAUCCUAUCAUUCAACGAUCCCUAUCAUUCAACAUAUUACACAUUUUAAACGCGGGUCAUUUAUAACAGGUGUUUAUUAUAUAACAUGUUACAAUACUGAAUCUAAAAUAUUCAUUCAAUCAAUAUACAACACCGGUGCUCUGAAGACAAUUGUACAAAAUAUAUUAUAAUUUGGGUCAAUUUCAGCUUGAUGAGCGUGUUUUAAUUACCAUACAAACCGCGUCAUAAAACUACUUAAGUGUUUCUAUUAAAACAGACAUGUAUAACUAAAUUAACAGUGACAUACAUCUAGACAACUUACACACAUUUUGCAUAAAAAAAUAUCCAGUGUAGGAUGCCAGGGAAAUAUAGAAAUGCUUUGUUGAUUAGUUGUCCUUCGUUUUCACAGAGGUAUAAAUUAAGUCCACGUUCCGCAUGCACAUUCAGUCCAUGUUGUACUUCGUGUCAUUGACAAGAUCAAAACAUUAAGAGCUUAAUAGAGAUGGUUCCUCUGUAGGGUCACGUGUAUGAUAUUGCAGUUU